AUGACAGGGAAGCGAGUUCGUGUUGUCCGACUGGCGCACGUUGUAUACCAACACCCGGAUCUGGAAAAGGCGCUCACCUUUCUCUUCGAUUUUGGCUUUGUCGAGGAGCACCGAACACCGGACCGCGUGUACCUGCGCGGGUACGGGAGUCAGCCAGUCGUCUACGUGGCCGAAAGAUCUCCAGACAACAAGAGACAUUUCCUUGGGGGUUACUGGGUGGUGGAUAGCCUGCAAGAUCUGGAAACAGCCGCUGCUCGUCCAGGCGCCUCUCCCAUUCAGGACAGUGAUGCACCCGGAGGUGGAAAGGUGGUGACGGUCGAGGACCCCAAUGGCUACAAAGUUGGAUUUGUCUACGGGCAGAAGUUGAGAGAGUCGGAUGGUCCAGUGCCUCCUCUCGAGAAGACUGAACCAAUAUCAAACACUGCUAUUCAGAAACCGCGGAAGGGGACAUUCCGACGCUUCAAACCAGGUGCAUCCCCUGUGCACAAGCUGGGUCACUAUGGGUUUAUCGUCCCGGGGAGCAAAUUCGAGAGCACGCUCUCUUUCUACCUCGACCUCAUCAAUCUGAAGCCGACCGAUGCCGUCUUCAAUCCAGACACGGGAAAGGAUGAGACGUGCUUUUGCCAUAUAGACCUGGGACCGGAAUAUACGGAUCAUCAUAGUUUCUUUGUCGCAUCCGGACCCGAGGGACGGCCUGUGUUCGUUCAUCAUUCGAGCUAUGAAGUCAAUGACUUUGACACGCAGACCCUCGGCCACGAUUGGCUCCGAGACAAGGGCUGGACGAAUUGCUGGGGCAUUGGGCGACACGUUCUCGGGAGUCAGAUUUUCGACUACUGGUUCGACGGCUCUGGAAAUAUAGUGGAGCACUACUCGGACGGCGACCUGGUCAACGAAGAUACGCCGUUUGGCAGGGAGGCAGCAGCCCCCGAUACACUACACAUCUGGGGGCCCAAUAUCCCCCUGGCAUUCCUGUCGGGAAAGAUCGAAGACGCCGGCAAGGAGGUGCCUGUGCCACCAGACCCGCUGGAGGCGAAGCCAGCUCAGUACAAUGUACCGCCUCUGGUGACGGCUUAG